UAUCCCACGUGUUACGUUUCCAUAGUCACGUCAUGUCGGCCCCACCAUGUUGUAGGAAAUCCACUGCCGCUCUGCUCCACACUUACUGUCAGAUUACAGUUUAAUCCGAGGAGGGGGAGGAUACUCUGUGAGGAAAAAGAAGAAGAAGAAGCUGCCUGGCUGCAUCUUGGAAGGAAGGACGCUCGCUUUACAAACUCACAGAAAUAACGCGACUUCAGCUUGGACGCUCAUUUUUCCAUAACACCUCGCCUCCUUGGAGAACAUGAAGAGACUGUCUUGCGUUGUUUUGCUUGACUGUCCUCCGUUUUGCAGAUACGCGAGGAUGUUAGCUGGCUAACUAGCUGAGACAGAGUAAGGUUAACUAACAUUAAAUCGGAUUAGCUGACAACUGCAGCCUCCCUUCUGGAUAAUAACCAGCCCUUAUUAUUACACUGAAAACCAGGACGGAUCUGAGCGUCGGGUCCAGGUGCGAGCUCGUCCUCAGGGCUAGCUGGGAGGAGGAGGAGGACUGAAACAACAUUUCAUUCUCUCACUCAAGACUACAGACGAAGCAAAGAUGUCAGGGAAGGAUAAAGACAAAGACAAACAGGAGAAACAGUCCACGACGGAGCGGCUCAUCAAAGCUGUGCCAUACCCUCCUCAGCAUAAACUGACCACGAAAGAGCUUUAUGAAGAUGGAAAACCUAACGCGGAGCUGCUCCGCAAUCACCUGGUCAAAGAGGGCAGGUUGGAAGAAGAGGUGGCGCUUAAAAUCAUCAAUGAUGGGGCCAACAUCCUCCGCCAAGAGAAGUGCAUGCUGGAAGUAGAGGCACCUAUAACGGUUUGUGGUGACGUCCAUGGCCAAUUCUUUGACCUCAUGAAGUUGUUUGAAGUAGGCGGCUCACCCAGUACCACUCGAUAUCUCUUCCUUGGUGACUAUGUAGAUCGAGGAUACUUCAGUAUUGAGUGUGUUCUCUACCUCUGGUCCCUCAAGAUCAACCACCCCACCACACUCUUCCUCCUGCGUGGGAACCACGAGUGCCGGCACCUAACAGAGUAUUUCACCUUUAAACAGGAAUGUAAAAUUAAAUACUCUGAGCGCGUAUACGACGCAUGUAUGGAGGCCUUUGACUGCCUGCCCCUCGCUGCCCUGCUCAACCAACAGUUCUUAUGUGUACAUGGUGGACUCUCACCAGAAAUCAACUGCCUAGACGACAUAAGAAAAUUAGACAGAUUUAAAGAGCCCCCAGCGUUUGGUCCAAUGUGUGACCUGAUCUGGGCCGACCCCGGUGAGGACUAUGGAAGUGAAAAAACCUCUGAACACUUUAACCAUAACUCGGUCAGAGGAUGUUCUUACUUUUUCAGUUACUCAGCAGUUUGUGACUUUUUGGUGAAUAAUAACUUGCUAUCAGUAAUAAGAGCCCAUGAAGCUCAGGAUGCAGGGUAUCGGAUGUACAGAAAAAGUCAGACUACAGGAUUCCCUUCAUUAAUCACAAUCUUUUCAGCUCCAAAUUACCUUGAUGUCUACAACAACAAAGCUGCUGUAUUAAAAUACGAGAACAACGUGAUGAACAUCCGACAGUUCAACUGCUCCCCUCAUCCUUACUGGUUACCCAACUUUAUGGAUGUCUUCACUUGGUCUUUGCCUUUUGUUGGAGAGAAAGUAACGGAGAUGCUGGUAAACGUGCUGAACAUCUGCUCUGACGAUGAACUCAUGUCAGAAGGAGAUGACAAUUAUGAAGGUGGAACCUCAGCGAUGCGCAAGGAAGUGAUCCGGAACAAAAUUCGUGCUGUUGGGAAGAUGGCUCGAGUCUUCUCAGUCCUCAGGGAAGAAAGUGAAAGUGUAUUACAGCUCAAGGGCCUGACCCCAACAGGGACUCUUCCUAUGGGUGUGCUGUCAGGUGGAAAGCAGACCUUACAAACUGCUACAGACGAGGCAGCUAAAGCAAAAGCCAUUCAAGACUUCUCUCCUACAAGAAAGAUUCGAAACUUUGAGGAGGCGCGUGGCCUUGACAGGAUAAACGAGAGGAUGCCGCCACGCAAAGAUAGCCAGCAGCCCGACGGCACCAUAAUCAACUCCAACAACCCCAACAAGAACGGCACUGAUGGAUAGGCAACAAAACCACCAACCUCUCUCUCUUUUUGAACAACCCACACCUCCUGACUCACAGCCCUCAGCCUCUGUCUCCCGUCAGCCCAUCGAUCUGUCUUUUCUACUCAAACUGUUUUACUUUCAGCCCUGUAGGGCGGAAGAACAGAAGCAGACACUUGUAGAUAAAACAAAAGAAGGCUGGGAAAGACAAACAAUCAUAUUUAUUACAGAUAAACAGGAUAGAGAGAUUUUGGUAAUAAUUGAUCAAACUGAAGACAUUUUGAAGUUGUUCAAAGGUAUAAUGUGAACAGAAGUCCAAACAUACAUGUUCUAAGAAGGAGAAUUUUAUAUUUAUGAGUUGAUGAUGUGAACUGAGUCUUUGUUACCUGGGAAAUGUUAGUUUCUUGCAGUUUUUGCAUUGUUCUCUCUUCAUUUGCUCAGAAAAGUACAAAUACUGUAGCCUCACAGCCCCGUGAGGAUCUUACAAGAUUCUUCAAGAAGUGAUUGGCACUUGAGAAACCACGGACUGUGGAGGUUAAUGUGUGUCAGUUUAAAGUUAAUGAUGUAUUGAAAGAAAAAAAAGAAGUAAGUUCACACAUUGUCCACAUAUAUUUGAUGAAUUCUUAAAGGUGCUUUUUGUUCAGUUUGAUGUUCAGGUAAAUUCAAGUGAAGGAUUAAUGCUUGAUCUGGAGUGAUAGUUGUUGCUGCUGCCUGUCCUGUGUUAGUUAUGGCUUGUGUUGGUGGUGAUUACUAGGAAGUGUCUCAUUCUGCUAAACCAAAACAAGGGAUCAGAGUAGCUUUUCCCCUGUCAGUGCUGCCUCAUACAGCUUAAAAGCACUUCUUCUUGUCAGGUUGAGCAUUGUGCAUAUCUGGCAUGAUGACUAGAGUUUGUCUUCAGUUGUUGUUUUUGAGCACUAGAGGUCAUGCGUCCUCAGAGAGCAGAGAAACUGAACAAGUAUUCACACUACACUAGAGAAGUGGAAUGAGCCUCUUGGCCUUCCCUUUGUUUGAACAGUUGUGUCUUCAUAUAUUAAGAUACUGAGCUCUGAUGUGUUGUAAAAGGAAAAAUUGUGAGUUAUUAAACGAUGCUAAUCCGUCCAGGACCCAAGCUCGUUCCCUCUGGCAGGGGUGAAACAGUAUUUAUCUCAAACACGGCUAACAGGGCAUCUUUUUCAACCUUUGGUCUCUCUUAGAUGCUGAAGGGUUAAAAGCUUGCUGAAGUUGCUAGUCUGUGUUUGUUUUUUUGAUCUGCAGGUAGCUCACCUCUCUUCAGCUUUCACUCGUACAUACAACCAUCUCAACCGGUGCCUCGACACACCUGACCGUAAUUCUGUUGUCUUUUUGUCAUUAAGAAAAGAUGAGGGGAAAAAAGCUUUAAGAUUCGCUCUUCUUUUGUGAACUUUUUUUAAAUGAGGCGUUUGUGCCAUGCCACCUCGGCCACACAUGUCAAGACCUACGUUUGUGUGUUUGUGGAUGGUGAACAGAGUCAAGCUGGGGUACUUUCAAUCACAUAUGGUUAGGAUUUUAUGUAAUUACUGUUAAUCUUGAUAUCCUUGACAUUUUUAAAAUGUUGCAUAACAUUGUAUUCAGUAGCUGCUUCAUGAGGAUUAAGUAUUUUGGUUCCUAACUGUGAUGUUAAAAUUUUAAGGUAAGGCUUUUUUGAAUGAGCCAAACACCAUACUGACCUCGUGUUAGGUCAUUUAUAUAUCUUGCAGAAUGUAAGAAUAUUGUUAUUAAGAAAAGAUUAUAGCUGUCCAAAGGAUUGAAAAUGUACCGUCUUUCUCAUUGCAAGGCCAUGAAAUAGAUGUAUCACUUGAAAGGAGGAAUAAAAGUCAAAAACAAUGUC